UCUACUGUUCUUCAUAAGUGCCAGCUUCCUCUUCUAUCUCCGAUACAGCAACAUAGACCGGAUGUCACAGUGACCACCGCCCUCUAGCUCGUCGCCUCGUCGGCGUGCCCAGCUUCUGGUCCAGCGCGUCGCCUCCGCUGCUGCUGGGCCCGACGCCCAACUACCGUGCCGAGGUCCCAGGCAGGAAGCAUCUUGGCGUACGUGCCGCCGGCGACAAGCACCCACCACACCAGUCAUGAAGUCGUUAGCCAAGCAAGAGACACAGCCAAAAUCGCGGCUCAUUGUGCGCCUUGGUGUAUUCCUUGCAUCUCACCACAUUCUGUUCAGUGUUAUAUGCUGCUAUGCAGGCAUUAUCGCGCUACUACUCCUUCCUUCACUUGCAAAAAACACAUACCUCUCGGAGAAUGCUCUUAUACCUGGCUCUGCAAAUCCAUUAUUUUCUACUGAAGAUGCCAUUGAAGCAAACAGAUUUAUGAAAGCAAUUGAAGCUGUGGCUAGAGACUCAAGCAGUGUAAUAGGCAUGGCAAAUUUCAUAGCACAACAAAUAGAAGAUCUAGGUGCAGAAGUGUGUUACCAAAAGUUUCUCCCUCAUGGCAAGAAUUUUCACCCUCUGAAGUUCUUCACCUCCAUGACAAAUGAUAUUGCAAUUCAACCUAAUGGCACUGCCACCAAUUUUGGGAUAAAUACUAUCGGCAUUUUACGAGCUCCUCGUGGCGAUGGAAAAGAAGCAAUAGUGCUGGUUACUCCUUAUAAUUCUCAAAGAGUUCAGUCGAAUGAAUUAUUAUCGCUGGCUCUUGGUUUCUCUGUCUUCUCUCUCUUAAGUCGAGCAGCAUGGCUGUCCAAGGAUGUUGUGUGGUUAUCUGCAGACUCACAGUUUGGAGAGUAUGCUGCAGUCUCUGCAUGGCUAAACCAGUAUCAUAAUCCCGUGUUUUUGAGUCACUCAGUGGUGUCACAUACCAAGAUGUACGGUGCAAACAAUAUAUAUGAUGGUAAUUCAGAAAAAACAGAAGCCACGGCUUUCAAACGUGCUGGAACAAUGGCUGCUGCUCUCAUAUUUAAAGUUGGGGAAACCAGAAGAUACAGUGACAGGGAUAGUGUUACGAUUUAUGCAGAGGCAUCUAAUGGACAAAUGCCAAACUUGGACCUUCUGAAUGUGGUGCACUAUUUGGCUGUUCACAGACAAGGUUUUCGUGUGAACAUCGCUGCAUUUAGUUCUUUGUUGAGCUCUGCAUGGCUCAGGGUUAUUGCUGAAAUUUUGCAUACUAUUGGUAGUGUGUUAAGAAAAAUAAAUCCUGACUGGAAGCUUGAUAUUGCAGUCCCUGAUUAUGUGGAAGGGACUGCAAAUCUAGCUAACUCUAUGUACAACCAGGCUCUUGGAGUGCCCACAGGGUCCCAUGGUGCUUUCCGUGAUUAUCAAGUUGAUGCGGUUUCUUUAGAAUUUUCACCAACAUUUCAUGUCAAAAAUGAGAAUGCUAAAUCUUUGUUUCUUCUGAAGGGUGGAAGGUUAAUUGAAGGAGUGGCACGUUCUGUGAACAAUCUGCUUGAGAAGUUCCAUCAGUCCUUUUUCCUGUACUUCCUUACAGGUCCAAGCAAGUUCAUUUCGGUUGGUGUGUAUAUGAUUCCGUUUGCAUUGCUUUUGGCACCUCUCCCAAUAGUUGCUGCUGCCCUUGCUGAUGGCAGUAGAAGCAUGGAAAAAACAGCGGAUAAGUUGAUAGGCGACGGUAAAACAGAUGGCAUUGCUGAUAUUUCGCAGAACAAGGGUGGAUCAUGGAAAUGGCUUCGAGCUGCAAAAGUAUUGCUUGUUGUCCAAUUAUGGGCAGUACUUGUUUCACUACUUCCAUAUUACAUUACUCAGAUACCUGAUGCCACACCUACGCAAAGCACACUCAUUUGGGUUGUGCUCUCCAUCGUCGUACUGAUCUCCCUAUCUGUCUUGUUUGGCUCACCAUACUCAACUGGUGUUGAAUGGAAACUUCUGAAGGCUACCAUGAUCACUUCCAUCUCCAUCGGAUUGGGGCUUAUGUCGAUAAUAAAUUUCGCCACUGCUCAGCUUGGUGCUCUGAUAGUGAUCCCAAUGUGUUUGUUUUCUCGGCCUCUGAAGGCAUCAGGGAUGAAUUUCCUUCCUCGGGCAGUUUUGUUGGCUUCAAAUGUAGCUUUUGCUGUGUUGGGUUUUCCUCCAGUUGCGUUGCUGAUUAUGAAAGGAGUGUCCAAGGGAUCGAGGUCGUGGACAAUAGAUGUUGGAGAUUUCUGGGUAUGGAUGGAGUUCCUGUGGGAAAGGAGCAGCGCGACGUAUCUUUACCUAUUUCUUGUACAUCUUCCCUGCUGGCUUUUGUGCGUCCUUGUGUUCCUGCACCCAUGUCACCAAUCAGAAUAUAAGCUGAAGCAGGAAUAGCUGUUUGGCAUCCAUAGUCUUGUCUUUUUGGAUGGUAAAUCUUGUAGACUAGUGUAGAAAUUUCUCACUUUCACAAACUUUUGGUUACCCAUAAUUCGGAAAUUAUUCACCCAGUUGGAGACGACUUGUAGACGAUGUAUCCUGCCUAAUGUACUGUCUGCAACAUUUUCGAAGGCAUGUUUUUAAAGCUGCUUGUUGCAGUAAUUGAUUUCUAAGUUUUUUGUU